CUUUCUCCUCAUUUCCUGACCAUUCACACUGAGGAAAUCUGACGUCAUUCGCCCGCUGAUGCAGCAGAAGCAGGUGAGUGUGGCUGCAGGCUCCAUCUGUUCAAAGGGCUGCUGCUGGCGAUUCUGCUGUUUUGCUGCCAGGUAUACUGGCAGCGAACCCACUUCCGUUGCAAUCAGACAACCCUAGAGAAUGGCGCAAGCUAUCACUGGACAACGUGUGGCUUUGUGGGAUGCCUCGAGGGAGAGUCCCUAUCUGAGCCAAGGUCGCCUGGUAUUCAGCCGCGAUAAUGCGGCUAAGCCCACGUUGACGUUACCGCUUGCGAAGAACAGUAGAUCAUUCCUUCCAUGGUCCUCUGCUGGGCAAUGUCCCCUUGUUGCCGUCUUCAGACCUUCGAGAAGCAUCAGGGCCACCUCCUGUUCGAAGGAUCUUUUCCAAUGGCCCUUCAAGCAGUUUUCAGGACUGACGAAGUUGGCGAUGUCGGCAAAGCGGGUGAAAUCGACGAAGCCCGGCUUUUACUGGGAAGUGAAGUCGGAGCGGCAGUGGCGGCCCCAGCAACAACGUCCGGAACCCCAAGUACUCCAUUGCUGUUUUACAGCCAUUGGGAGUGGAGAGAGUUGGAGAUCAUACUCACACCGCCGCGGGGCAAAGCAUCCAGGUGCCACAUGGAAAGUGGUUCAGCACCGCACGAUUGCUGAGGGGAUCCUGCGGUGCUCUUCUAGACUGAGACGGGACCUUCAACAACCUGAUCUGAACACAGCUUUGAGUUGUGAGGGCAUGAGCCAUUGGAUAGAUCCUGAAGAAAGCGGAGAAGGAGGUGACGGAGGAGGUGAUGGAGGAGAGGAAAGAGGAGGAGGAGGAGAAGGAGAAGGUGGAGGACAAGAAGGCCGUUUUAGAAAAACCAAUGGCAGUGUGAUUGACUUGUCACUAACCUUGGAGCCACCUCCAGCGGCAGUUUCUUUUCCGGCCAGCCCCGCACGGCUGGUUCCAUUUUCAUUUUUAUUCCCAGGAAAGUCGUUCCCGCGGUUUCAAGUCCCUCGUCGCUGGUUUCUCUCUGUUGGGACCUUGUCUUUGUCUUUAGUCUGGGAGAUGAUGCUUCAGCAAUCAAGGUUUGCCUCUGCAGCGGGGACCAGGGAAACCACCCGUACCGUCGAUCAGAUAGGAGGGAAGGGAGAAGGAGAAGGAUAUCAAUCCUUAAGCAUCCCUCCUCUCGGAACGGAGGGUUCUAUCGUCAAGAUGACAACUGGCGACAACUGCUACCUUGGGGUGUCUGUUUAUCCAGAUUUUGAAUACAACGCAGGGGGAGCAGGUGGCAUAGGGACGGCAGUCGAUCAAUCGGACGAUAGGAUCGCUUUGCGUUUCGAUUGCGACCACCUCCUCAUCCCUCCAGUCAAGUGGGACACCGCCAAGUUUCUGGGGAUCCCAAUUCCUCCCCCUCUUCGUAUCGACAUCCAAUCCAAGAGUUUGGAAGGAUACAUGGACCGUUCGACUGGAAAGGUAGAGCUCAAUUUCCUGGCCCAGUUUCUGUUCACUGUAGGAAGCUUGUAUAAAGCUCCACCUUUGCUUGUGGAGACCACGCUCACUACGGAGACGGCACGAGGGUCCAUGAGGGGCGGCGUGGGCAAAAGAAUUGAUGCGAGUGGGAAUUGCAAGCUGGUGGGAAUCGCCACGGUGCCACGUGUCGAUGAUCACUUCAUGAAUGCAUUCCUUAUGCUUCCCACAGAGGUUCUUGCCAUCAUGCAGUCGCGUUUUGAGUUCAUCCCUGCAAAGGGAUUAGCAAGUAAAAAGGUGACGUGACUCAUACUACCCAGAUGAAUUGCCGAACGUAAACAUUUUACCCCUAAAGGAGGGACAACUCCAACUGCAACGAGGGGACUAGAUGAAGCGGAGAGGAAAGCGACCCAUUUCCGACUUCAAAAGAGAGAGUUAUCCUUCACUUUUGUGGGGGACACGAAACACGUUUGCUGGAUGAAUAAUGGGGAAGCAACAGCGGUGAACUUUGCACCAGCCGAGCCAUGUCUCUGAAUGAUUUGGCAACAGGUUUGGAAAGUUUUAACUUGCUGACCUCUGAAUAUCAGAAGACACAUUCCAAUUGACCAAUUCUUUGCUUUCUCCCUCUUUAAAGGUAGCGGAAGCAUCCCCCAAGAUGGGCGAACAGCAUACAAGAGUUUGAAACAAGCAGCCUUGAAAUUCUGAGCACUCCUUAGAAUCUCAGAAUUUUCACAUCUGCUUCCUUAUGCGGCAGCAUCUAAAAUUUUGCAGUCCUAUACACGUACUGCGAAUGCAAAACUGAUCCAAGUCUGAAGCAGGAUCAGAGGAUGCAUUCCUCCCAAGAUACUAAGAGCACCUACUUUCUAUGUGGAAAGUCGGAACCCACUAGUUAACAGAAACGAAAAUCUACCAGUGGACCAGUGGUCCAGUGCGGUAAAAGUGUGAGAGCGGCUGAUUGAGUGAUUGGAAUUCUGCCUGUAUUUUUUCUGGAACGGACGUGAACAAUGCACCCACACCACAAGCAUAAACUAAGGAGAGGACUGGAUAUUGAACCAGAGAAGACUCCUCGUGAGGCUAGGAGGCUGUUUGCGUGUGCAUAGGAAUGAAGUCCCAGGAACACACUUAGCACACGAGUCAGAAUUGGUGGCACUGUCCUUGUUAGAUUAUUCAUCCGGUUACAGCUCCUGUCAACUGCUUCAGAGCUGUUGCGGCUCCAGUCCAGGGAUUCAGAAGACGCAUUGUGUGAAGUGUGGAGGAGGGUGCAAGUGCUAGCAAAGUAGCACAAUCAUCUCUGAGGAUAUUCAGAAUGCCUCUUACCAAAUGGACAAGA